CCGCAAAGUCCUUUUUUUAAAAAUUAAAACACGUAACUCGACCCAUUGCCUCUUCCUUCAAGAGUUCAGUUUAUACGCUUGUGAUAACGAUAUAAUUAUUGACGUGCCCUGAAUCGAAUUGCAUUUCGAAUACUAGCAGUAGUUCGAUUGUAAACAUGUCGUCUGUAAUUCCUAGGGUGUCGCAAUUAUCUCAUCGAGUGAUUCGUAUUUUAGGGUGUAAUCCGAGUCCUAUGACUCUGCAAGGAACAAACACAUAUUUAAUUGGUACUGGUAAAAAGCGAAUUCUUCUUGAUACUGGAGAUACUGGUUUUCCAGAAUACAUUAAUCUGUUACAGCAGGAGCUUUCAGAGAAAAGCGUUGCUCUGCAGGAAAUAGUAGUGAGCCAUUGGCAUCAUGACCAUGUAGGAGGAAUUGUUGACAUCUUCAGAGAUAUAAAACCAGGCUGUAAAGUUCUGAAAUUGCCUCCUGCUUCCGAGAAGAAAGAUGACAAACCGGCUGAAAAUAUAGAUUAUACAUAUCUGAAAGAUGGUGACAAGCUGAAAACAGAAGGUGCUACCCUGCGGUAAGCCUUAGUGCAAAAUGUUGUCUAUAUAGAG